CCACAAAAUUCCAUCCUCAGUCGAAUCAUGGAGUCGUCUUCCUAUGAGCUGAAUGCCUCCGUAUCAUCGUUGGAAUUUCUCAGUUUAUUCCUCUUUCGUCCCCUUCUUGCUAUCGUCUUCGUCUUCUCCUUACUUAUAUUAGGUUGGUUUUUAGCUUGGAAAUUAGUGCUGGUUCAUGUUCCUUUGGUACAAGAAAUCUUUGGUUUGCGGAAGAAAACCGUCAAGCCGAAACCUGAAAAUCGGGGUCGGUUCACUCAAAUUUACAACAACAUGGACUCACAAUCUUCUGCUUCCCAGUGGUAA